AUGUUCAUUCAUUCUGCGCAGCUCAUCGCCCUGCUGACGACGGCGUUGCAGGCCUGGUUCACGUUGCCCAUGUCCACGGGUGGCCUGACUCUGCUUCUGUCCCCAGAAAUGCAGCCACAUACAUUCAGAGGCCUGCAGACCAUCGGAAAAGUCGUCUACAUAAUUGAUCUGGUGAUUUUCACCUCCCUUGUCGCCGCCAUAAGCUACCGCUUUAUACGCUGGCCGAAGACGCUGCCGCGGAGCUUAUCGCAACCGAGGGAAAGUAUGUUCGUGUGCACAAUGUUCCUCUCUUUGGCGAGUAUCAUUGCCGCAAUCGCGCGCUACGGCAUUCCAUCCUGCGGUCCUUGGCUGGUGGUCACCUACCGGGUAUUGUUUUGGAUCUACUUUGCCGUCACCUUCUGUGUUGCGGUCGUAUUCUAUCUCUGGCUCUUUAUCAGUGCCGAACUGCAGGUGGAGAACAUGACCCCCGCGUGGGACCUGCCCAUCUUUCCGUUCAUGCUGUCCGGCACGAUCGCAGCGACAGGGGCGAGUCUGCAACCGCGGGCCCACGCGAUCGCGAUGAUCGUGGGCGGGACGACGGCCCAAGGGCUCGGUUUCUUUAUCAGUAUCCUCAUGUUUGCGAUGUACAUGCGGAGGAUGAUCGAGUAUGGCCUGCCCAGCACGUCUUCUCGGCCCGCGAUGUUCAUCGCGGUGGGUCCGCCUGCAUUCACUUCGCUUGCAAUCAUCGGCAUGGCUAACGCCUAUCCCACCGCGUACGAGUACUUCGGGCCAGGGCAAACGACCCUCCAAGUCGUGAAAGUCAUCGCGACGGUGACGUCGAUCUUUAUGUGGAGCCUGUCCUUUUGGUUCUUCUGCAUCGCGGCUCUGACAUGCCUGCUAGCCGCCAGGGAGAUGCGCUUUUCCUUGAACUGGUGGGCAUUCGUCUUUCCGAACGUUGGAUUCACGAUCGCCACGAUCACAAUCGGCAGAGAAUUGCAAAGCCAGGGUAUAUUGUGGGUGGGCAGCAUUGCCACGAUUCUGAUGGUGAUCCUGUAUUUGUUUAUCGCAGUCAUGCAUAUUAGGGCUGUUCUCACUCGGCAAAUUUUGUUCAAGGGCCAAGACGAGGAUGUACCUGAGGAAGAAGCGCGGCCCAAGAAGACUGAAAAGGUCAAAAUUGAUGCAGAAGAUCAAUGCUGA